AUGAGAGUAGAUGGAAAAAUACCUGUUGAUAACAGGAUGUUUUCGCAACAUGGAGCAGCAGAGUUUCGGCGAUGUGUCACAUUUGUAUCCCAAAUGCCAGAUGUUCGAAAGCAAAAUAUGGAAUUGGGAGGUGAGCUUUCUGCAAAUUCACAUUGUCAGAAGUCCUCCGUGGAAUUAAGCAAUGGAGAAACAAUGGAAGUUCUUCUUCAGGAGGAAACUGUCAUCUCAGCAUUGUACUGCGAUUCCUCAUUUUACUCUGUCAUUGGCCCAGAGUUUUGCCUUGUUUUUGACAUCAUGUACACAAAGACACGUACUGAAGCCAUUGCAGAAUCGUUCUACCAUGUACAGAAGCACAAAAUGGAUGUCACAAGGUACGGUGGCAAGGCCAGAGGUCUCGAACGACGCCAUAUGCCUGUUUACAAGGACAAGAGAUCGUGGAGAUCGAUCUGUGCAAAGUGGUAA